UUAUGAUCGACACAUUUUUACCAGGAAUGGAAGUUGCUCCAGUUUUUAGUGAUCGCUAUCAGAACACGCUAGUUGGUAUUUUGACCAGACCUUUGAGGCAAAAGAACAGUGAUGCCGAGAUUCAGCUAGUGAUUCCGUGGGAAGCCAUUGCAAGUGCUUGCAGUGACUUGCUGCUGAAGGAGCCACAAAUUGCAGAAAAGGGGAUUCAUACCGACAAGGGAAACUUAAAUACUGUAGAAAAUGGAUUAUUGUCUUACAGCAAUGGUUCAAAUAAACUCUGCUGUUACAAUCAUGACCAUCUUAAUUCUCCUUGACCUUCACUAUUACCAAUUGAGAAGGCAAUGACUUCUAUAUGUCUUAUUACCAUUGAUGAUGGUGUA